AUGACUGGUGAAAGCCCCAACAACAAGACGCAAACAUUUGAAGACUUUUCACAGCUUGACCGAGAAAGACACCUACGUUUAAGUCAGCUUCAAGCUCCGCCUUUGAAGAGAGGCCGAUGUGCCAAUCAACCAAUGGCUAGUGUAUCUGCAACGAUACAUCACCCGACUUUAUUAUGCAGUCUAUCUAGUCCUAUGGCAGAAAUGGGAACUGGUGGACUGGUAAACUGCACUACUAUCACAUCCUCUACCCACAUCAAUUUCUCUCACUCAGAUGCUUGGGACUUUGACUUUAAGGCCGGCUCUAUCAAUUUCGAGUCAUUCCUAUCAAGCUUCUCGCCUUUGGCUCUUUUUGGUACUGUGGAUUAUCUUUCACAGGAGACUUGUUGUCUUGCUGAGAGUACCCAAACCAAGAGGAUGGCGGAUUCCACGGCUGUUUGGGAUUCUGGGGAUCGUCUGCCGUUUAACGAACAAACGAAUGAAGCUUGUGUCUUCUCAAACACAGACAAAACACAACCCAGCGCGGUGAUCGACUCCGUUCAGCAUACGACAAAGAUACGUACUACCAAUCCUGCAAGCCCGCCAAACACGGACUCCCCUCCUUCGGAACAAUUUAAUUUUUUCGACAGCCUGGAAGUUCCAACUGAUCCGCCUGGUUUGCCAGUCGCUGGCGAAAGUCCGGUUUUGGAUAAUCAGAACACAUCAGAAAAUCCACAAUUCAUUCGAGAAUCAGAUAAAAUAGCACCAGCCAUAGAUAGCGCUGGAAAUUCAAUCGUGACAAGUGCGGAAUUCCUACAAGAACGAGGCAAAGAUUAUAUCGGCAAAUCAACUGAACCAGAUAUUUCGACUAAUUCCAAGACUUCAAAAGUGGGAGAGAAGAGAAAGCGUCGUAAUCCAAUGGCCACACGACUUCCUACGUUUGUCGGCGUCUCCGAUCUCCCGAAACGUUCUUUCGGCAACAGUGUCUCGGAGGAACCGAUUUGCUUCAAUUGCAGGGGAACGCAAACCCCACUUUGGCGAAGAGGACCAAAUGAUGAACUUCUUUGUAAUGCUUGUGGAGUCUUUUACAAAGUACACAAAAAGCACAGGCCUGCUACCCUGAGUAAAUACAACAAGCACUUGGGAAGUUCAACCUCGGCCACCCACAGUGAAACUGGCCACAAAGGCCCGAGAAUCCAAUGCACCAAUUGUGAUGCAACAGCUACUCCUAUGUGGCGUAAGGCGCCAGAUGGAAGCCUGUUGUGUAAUGCAUGCGCGUUAUAGUGGGCCUUUUUUCUUUCACGAUCAUUCAUUUCAAAUUUCUUGAAACGGCUGGAUAACUAGUGCUGAUGGAACCAUUGACGCGACAACCGC